AUGUCCGGAGAUCCAAUCGAUCAAGCAUGGUCAGAUUUCGAGAAGGAAACUGACAAAGAAGCGGAAACUGUGGAAGAAGUCGGAGACGAAGGAGAAAUUUCGCCGUUAAAGACUCAGGAGAACGAUGAGCUCAUCGAGGAGGACGAUGAUGACGAUAUCAUCAUCACGAAAGUGACUGGAGAAAAAGCUGAUAAAGGCAAUUUGGAGGGACUAUUGGCUCAGAUUGCUCAGCAAAACUCGUCGUCGAAGGACAUCGUGCAGCUCUGCAACGAGCUCAAGAAGCUGCCAUCGGCGCCAUUCGGAGUCCCGUUAUUGGAUAGUGGCUCAGCCACUGCUGGAACUCAACUGGUCAUGUUUGGAUCUCUGGUGAAACUCCUUGAGAGCUCAAAGCAAACGACCAGCGACAACAAUACUGCCGUCGGUCUAAUAAAAUCGAUCAACGGAUCACUCAAGUCGAUUGUGGACGGAGAGAAAGCAGCGAACAAUGCUUGGCGAGAGUCUACUAUUGUGAUGCUGAAAAAAGAGUUGAGAAAGCUGGAAUUGGCUCGGCUCGAGGAUAAGGAGACCCAGAAGGACAAUUGGUCCCGCUUCCACGAGUGGGCUGGCAAAUUGAAGAAGAACGAUGACGUGGAUACUGGGAAAACUGGUUCAACUUCGGAUGUUCCAGGACUGUUGAAGCGUGGAAGCUCUGAAACUGUCGACGCAGCCAAAUUCGGAUCGAAAAGCGCUGGAAAGACUCCUAAAGAGAAGAUCUUAGCUGCUCAAGCAGCCAACGAGGCAAAGAAGAAGAAGCCAGUGAUCUUCAAAUGUGUUCUAUGCGUGAAGGAUGCACACGAGACGGAGGAAUGCACACACUACCCGACCAAGGAGAGCCGCAUCGCACGCAUGGAAGCAAUGAACCUCUGCCAGAAAUGCGUGAAAUAUCACGGAGGAAGUUGCCACUCGAAGGUCCAGCUCAACUGCUCCAUUUGUCGCGGAGCCCAUCAAACAUUCUUGUGCAACAUCUUCGAAGAAGAUAGAUGAGAGAAUCCUAAGGAAAUCUGUUCAAAAACAGAUCAUUUAAAUCCCGUGAAACAAUUAUCUGAUUCCUCUUGCUACCCGUUAAUUAAUUGUUAUUGUUUAAAAUUGGGUUAUCCAUUUAAUAAUUACCCGUUGUUGUUGCCAAAAAUAAAAAUUCUGAGA